CGCAUUUGAAUGUUACACUAAAUCGGAAGAAUGUCUUGGUAAUAUAGGCUAUCCAAGAUGUCCUACCGAUGUGCUGAAGGUGCAUGACUUUUUUCAAAAAGGCUAUCUUCUGCUGCGAAAUAAGGCCAUCUCAUAAAUAAAAUACUCCAUCCAGCAUUUUUCUGAUGGUGGAUUUAUAUAUGGAUUUGGCUCCUUGCACAUGAAAUUAAGAAGAACAGCUUUAUCUCCUUGUCACAGUUGCUUUUCUCUGCAUCUGCAUUUGACUGUUGCUAAGUCGGAAAAUAUCUUCGCACUAUUAUAGGCUGUCCAAGAUGUCUUCGCACUAUAGGUCUUUAGCGCUGGGUAUGAAAGUGUAUGAUUUUCUUCAUGGGUAAAUUCAUCUCCUGCGUCACCUUCAUAUUCUUGUGAUGUAAAGGAAGCUCUCGGAGAUGAGGAAGCUGCUUUCCUGUGAACCAUUUAGACUUUGAACGGUCGAGUAUGUCGUCCAAAUUUCAACAUCAGACUUUUGGGACAUGUCUUGUAGUAGUUGCACCUAAACAGUGUAGCCAAAAUAACCUUGUUAAGUUGAUACAAUUUAAUUAUUUUCUGAUUGAGUGAUUAUGGAUCUGCUGGAACUGCUGCAGAUGAUUUUUUUCAGAUUUGAUAAAUAUCUUUGUCCCUAAAUAGCUUUUAUAUGUUGUUCCACUAUAUUCUGCUGUUUCGCGAAUGUCUUUGCUUUUGCGAUAACUCCUUUGGAGAGACUUUUAAUGAUGACUUAUUUCUGGUUCAUCGUUAGCUUUUUCACAGUAACCUUAUCAAUGUUGUGCUUAUAUAUAUGCAGUUGUCUCAGCCCACAAUUCCAUUAAUCUGUGAUAAAAUACAGCAAAUUUUGGAACCAAAAGUUUCAGCGAUGCCUCAAAUCUUGACGAUUUGUUUGUUAUUUAUGCACAUAAACCACUAAUUUGUGGGUUUGCACUUUUAUGUUGCAUGAACAAGCAGCACACAUAAAUCAGUUUCUUUUGCAACAGCAACUACUUUUGCAUCUUUCGAGUUACCAUGCAAAAUAUUCUGGUUUUUGUGGUUACAUCUUGAAAGGACUUCUACUUGCUUUUUGAAGUCUCCGAUGCUUCUCCUCCUUAAGCUACGAUAAAUUGAAUUGUCAGGGGGCUGUGACCCUCAGCGCUUCGAAAGAAUUCGGGAGCAAGUUUCAUAAGAUUCUCUUUUUUCAUCAAUGUAAAAAUACUCUUCUUACUUUGGAGUAUCUUUUGCUCUCCACUUUUUAUAUGCACUUGCCUUGAUGACUCUCUUUUGCCGUUUGCUUGCUCGUGUGCGGUUUCUAAAUAUUUAGCGUUGACUUUGUUUCCACUUCCAUUGCUUUAGCCUCAUAAGGAGGAUUAGCACAUCCAUGGAUGUUCUUGAACCAAACACUGAAUGUUUCCUUGGGUUUGAUGCUACGAACUCAGGCCGUCUCAUCAAAUCUCCAUCUGGCGUUUUCUGGUGGCGUUUUUACAAAAUGUUCUCACGGACUGAUGACACUAGCGCUAACAUGGAAUAAAUAUCUCGAAGAAAUGAGCUAUUUUGCUCGAAUUGUAGGUUGUUGCUGGCAACGAAAGUAUAGUCAGAAACGUAAGCUGCAUUCUGGGGCACAAAGAUCCAGGAAAACAGCAAAAGCAGUCUCAAUAAUGAACGAAGACCACCAAGCUUUCGUGAUUGGCAAGGCUGCCUCUAUCGAAAAGGCAUUUUCAUAUCCCAUCAAAACCAUAACUCUAGUCUUGCAACUCCUGAAGGUGUACUGUGACAAGGUGAUAAAGCUGUUCUUCUUAAUUUCAUGUGCAAGGAGCCAAAUCCAUAUAUAAAUCCACCAUCAGAAAAAUGCUAGAUGGAGUAUUUUAUUUAUGAGAUGGCCUUAUUUCGCAACAGAAGAUAGCCUUUUUGAAAAAAGUCAUGCACCUUCAGCACAUCGGUAGGACAUCUUGGAUAGCCUCUAUUGCCAAGACAUUCUUCCGAUUUAGUGUAACAUUCAAAUGCGGAUGCAGAGUAAUCAUUGUCCGGUUCAAAGUGGGAGCAAGACUUUGCAACUUCGGAGGAAGAAGUGACUCACUCGUCAGAUAGUGACUACUACCUGCUUCGAACUUUGGCUAUUGCGGUGGGCACAAAUUCAAUUUAAAUGAACUGAAUACUAAUUAUUUUGACUGAAAAAUCUAAGGAAGAAAAGCUUUUGCUGACAGCCAGCGUCAUAUUAAAACAAAAUUAUGCUAACGUAUCAUUUUAUGACAAUAAAAUAUUUGAUGACGUCAUGCAAAAUUUGUUAUGACGUCAUAAUGAAAAUACUUAUGUCGGCAAAUCUUGCUUAAAUAAAUAUCAUUUGAAAGCUUGCAAUGAGAUGAGUCAAUAUAUGCAAGUUGCGUUAAAAAAUAACCCUUCAGUGAGGAGCUAACAAUGAUUUUGUCUGACUUUUUGCCGUUAAAUUACGUCAUCAGUCACGUGACAUCCAGGCAUUUUCAAAAAAGUCACCUUGCAGAUAAUGAAAGCCUGAACUCCCUACUACCAGAAUCCGUUGAGAAAGUAAACAUUAGCUUGAAUGUCAGAUUGUCAGGCUAUAUGUCCUGUCUACAUAUUUCAACUUAUCAACGUGACCUGUUGGAGAGUGAGAUAUUCUAUCACGUCAGUUGAAGAUAAAAGAGGUGCAUAACAAUGAUCUGUCAUAAGAUUAGAAGGGGAAGCAUCAUUCAAGUAAACUGGCGUCUUGACAAAAGAAAGUUCGGUCUGAGUUAAACAUGUUGCAAAUAGAGAUGACUCUUUCUCAACAGUAUUAGGCAAGGCAACAUCUUCAUUUACAGUCUUCUCUCACUCUUCAGGUCCUCUGCACUUUGUGAUGGAGCUGCGAUGGCUCCCCUAUGUAUCUGGUAAAAGAGAGGGGCAUUGCAGGUGAAUGACUCGGCCUUGGGUGUUGGCUUGAAAGCACGACCCGAUAGCUCAGCGGUAGAGCACUUGACGUACAAAGUCAGGGGUCGUGAGUUCGAGCCUCGUUCGGGUCGGUUAUUUUCCCGCACUCUCUAUUAAUUAUCUUCGGAAUCCUGUUGUCUGUAAAUCUUCAUUUUCAUCAAAAUCAGGAAAAGAACCGGUAUCAGGAGCAGUUAAAGAGGAAUGUUGAGAAUAAACAGAUGAAGUGCGAUCUUUAGGUGCUUUUCGUGUUGUUCAUGUAGUGGUCGUCUUGGGAUCAACAAACAGCUUGAGCAAAUAAACAGCAUCGGUCACUAACUUCCAGCGAAAUUGGAUUCCGCUUUAUAUCAGAACCAGUGAUUUUUUUUAUGUCGUGGGGCUUAUAACGUACAAACAAGAACUAUGCCACAGCUAAUUAUAUGCAAAAAGGAAAAAUCUUAACAGCUAACUGUUGUUUUUUAUUUCUGAUGGCCUACCUCUUUCCUCUCUCCGUUGUUCCGCAUUCUUUCCUCAAACACUCCCCUACCUACAGAAACACCCUAUUUAAGAUUUAGAUGAUCGGAUCAUUAUACAACAUUCAAAAUUCAAAUUGAUGACGGCAGGCUCUAUUAAGUUCUAGGGUUCUAUCAAUAUGUCUGAAAUAAACGACCUCUCAGAAAUUCUUCAAAACCCUGAAAUGUUGGCUGUUUAUUUGGCUUCUCAACAGCAACAGCUUCAGUCAUCACAGACUCCUGAUUUGGUCGAUGGAGAUGGUGAAGAUGAAGAAAACACAGUGAGCUUAUUUGUUUGCUUUCUUUUUCACAAUGCACCCCUAUCUAAAAACAUAGAAAUAAUUGAUGAGUAUUUUCUUUUAGAUAUAAAGCUGCAGAGCCCCCUAAAAUCCGAGAAUCUCUUUUUUGUAUUUUGUCUUGAAUUCAGGUCUUGCGGAAAAUUGAUGUUAUGAUAGAAAUGAUCUAAAUUUCUGAUGGGAGUUCUGAUGAUGAAACUAAUUAUGGGGUAUUUUUUAUAUCUUAUGAUGAGAUAACUGAUAGUGUAGAGUGGGAAAGAGAAGCAUUCAUUAAAGCCAUUAGAGAGUUGCGAUGUCAUUGGGAUGUGAAUCAUCCAAUGUAUUAAAGGCAGUGUGUCGCGCUGUUCAUUGGUUAUAUGUCUGUUGAAUUUCGAGGGUCCGCGAAAUUGGAGAAGCGUGACAAAUUAGCACAACUGACCAAUAGGAGGUGAGAUAUCGCCUUGGCUAAGAAAUGAAACUCACUGAAACAGAAGCUGUGGGUGUUCCGAUGUAGCGCUCCGAUGUAAGGUUUCUUGUUUUGGCGACACAUUUUGCUCACAUCAUUGCUGUCGAAAUGUUGCAAAGUACGCGUGGACGUAAGAGAAAAUCGUUUGACGAAAAAACAAAGUGUGUGAAAGUGUCAUUUCACGAAACAACGUUGGAAUUGUGGCGGAAUUUGCGAGGAGAAAUUGGCCUUCACACCGAUAACGAACUUGCUUUGGCAUUGAUUUCAUCUUACAAAAGAACACUAGCGAGGUAAGGAGGAGUUAGUCUUUUAAGCAAAAUACUCUGACGGACCUCUAAGACACUGGACUUAGCCCUGACUAACGUUUGAUUUCAUGUGAGCAACAUUUGGAAAGAAAACUUUGAAAUUUAACGAAAGAUAGUUUAGACACGUUCUGUGAGGACACACAUUUCCCAUGAAGCACAUGUUCAGGUUGGCCCGAUAGCCUGGCUAGUCCUAAAUCGGAUGGUUGUUAGAUUUGUUGACUUUAAAAAUUCAAAUACAUUAGAAUUGUUUAUCCAUAUUUCAUUGCUUCAAACGAUCUGCUGUCUAGAGUAGAAUAGGACAGCAAGUAUUACCAGCGUUUCAAAAGGGGUAGCCCUAAGAAAAAUUUAACUACCAAGAAAAUGUGUGUGUAGCCCUAGCUUUUUGAGUGCAUUAGACAAAGCUCUGCAAAAUAUUGUUUGUGCACAUGCCAUACUCUGCAAACUGGGGUUGAAUAAGCCUGCUGAUUCAAGAAUAAUUAAUACUAUUAUGAGUAGAAAAAUUUAAGAGAGAAGAAAUGAAAAUAUCAAAUUGUUAGAACAUGCAGAUGGGGAUUAAAGAACCUUUCAUUUAAUAAGUAUUUGGAAUGGAAUGGGGGAAUAAUCAUGCAUGUUUCUUUCUUACACAGUGGUUUUGUUGUCUCCCCUGGUCAUCAAGAACUACACUCCACCCCUUUGCCAAAAAUUAGGCAACACAGUAAACAAAAAUCAACUGACACUGUAAGAAGAAAGCUGAUCUCCAGUACAUUAGAACCAGCAGAAGAGUAAGUUUCUUACUCAUGAUGCUCUUUGCGCUGUGAAUUUAAAUAUAAUUUCUGGCUUUGGAUAUUAGUCAUGAUCUAAACAGUUUACAACUAAGCAAAAAUCUUUGAAGAUAGUCUCCCUAUUGCUCUAAAUAACAUAUCUGAGGCAUGAGACUUCCUUAAAUAAUUAAAAGACAAUCAUCUCCUGCUGUAAAAAAGAAGUUAUUGCAAUAGACUAUUUCUGUUUAUUUGAUUGAUUGAUAAACACUUAAGCAACCACUUUAUAGUCUUCUUAAAAGUAAAUAAAUUCUUAAAUCUUAUAGAAUGCUUGCAUGUUAUGAACUGUAAGGCUCACAAAUGUGUAUUUAUUUUUGUCAUAGUCCUCAAGUUAGUGAAGUAUUCAACUCGGAUAUAGAGAUUGAAGCAUGACAUGGGAAUCUACGGAUGAUCAGACAAUUUCACUCGGGUAUGGCAAGAGUAACAAAGUUACUCUGCCAGAAAAUUAUCAUAAGGAUUUUUUUAAGGAAAAACAUCUAAUUAAUGAGCUGAGUUUAGUUGAAGAUGAGAAAUUUAUCUGCUCAUUGACGCAACUGGAGAACCUGGUUGGCUGUAUUAGUUGUGACAUUUGUGGGCAAAAGAGGAAAGUUAAAAAGCAUGGCUUCAUUGGAAGUGUUGCAGAGGUCUGGCUUGAAUGUGAAAAUAAACAUGCAAUGAAAUGGAGUUCUUCUGAGACAGUUAAUGGAGUUUAUGCCAUCAAUUUGCAGCUGUUAUCUUCCAUAAUAUUGUCAGGGAAUCUUUAUGUGAAGGUCUCUUUGUUAGCCAAGCUACUAAAUCUUAAGAUACCAUCCGAUGUAUCAUUUUACAGGAUUGCCAAACAUUAUGUCAAUCCAACGGUAGAUGAGUGGUGGGAAGAAAUGCAAUCCCUGAUCUUUAGGCUGUUUGCAGGUAAGGAAGUUACACUUGGUGGAGAUGGAAGAAAUGACUCUCCUGGUCAUUGUGCAACAUACUGCACAUAUUCAUUCAUUGAUACAGUGUCAGAUUUAAUAGUACACCAGGAGAUUGUGGAUGUACGGGAUGCUAACAUGAAGAGCCCAAAUAUGGAGAAGCUUGGUUGCAAAAAAGGCCUGGAUAAACUCCAGAAAAAUAUGAAAGUUAGAGGCUUUGUCACAGAUGAUCACAGUCAAAUAUCUGCAAUGUUGAAGAAUGACAACAGUUUCACUGAAAUAAAAUUUCAAAAAGAUGUAUGGCACAAGUCAGCAAAACUUACAAAAAAGUUGGUGCAGGACAAAUGGCUUAGCCUGCUAAAGCAUCUGUGCAAUAUGCACUACCAAUGCAAUCACGGAUGCCUUGAUACCACAGGGAGAGCAGACUGGUUUUCAGCUACUGAUUCCGACUUCCAGCAAAUAAGGGGAAUUAUUCUUGACAAGAAAUUCCUAAAUAGCCUCAAAUUCUACACAGAUUUCAGGCACACAGGUCAACUUGAAGUGUUUCACAACCAUCUUCUGAUGUAUUGUCCCAAACGUGUUUUCUUCAACUAUCCUGCUUACAAAGUGCGUAACAGGCUUGCAUUGAUUGAUCACAAUCAUCACUGCAACCGUUUGCAAGCAAGAAAUGAAAAUGGAGAUCUCCUGUAUUCACGUCGUUGGAGUAAAAAAGCUGGCAGGUGGAUCCCAACCAUAACUAAGGAGCCUAAGGAUUAUUCCUACGUAUCAAGAUUGCUGGCAGCAGUUAUGAACAAGCGACGAAAUGAUAGUGGCAAAGUUGAAAGACAUAAACCACUUUCAGAAGAGGAUCCCAGGUGGAAAUCUAGGACCAUCGUAAAGCUUCCUGCAAGAGCAACUGAUGUUUUGGUGGAUGAAAAAAAUCGCGAUUCACCAAAUAAAAACAAAAAAACAUUUUGUACAUGAACUAAUGAACCAACAUUAUAUCCUAAGUAAACACUGUAUAUAAGAGGAGUAAUUUUUGAAUCAAAAAUGUGAAUUUUGAGUGCAUCUUAAAGGUUACUAUUUUAAACAAAAAAGUAUGUUACAGCUAUAUUAUAAAGGGUAUUUUAAGUAUGGUGGUCUUAAGUGGUAGUUAUUUACAAUUUUAUUUUGGGAAGGUAAAAGAUAAAAAUCAAAGAAGUGUCUAUGCAAUAAAGUUGGCUCAGAUAGAUUACAAUAAAGAAUUUCAGACAAUUAGUGAUAUUGAAAUAACAGCAAGAAAAAAGUGUUAGUGAUCUUUGUAGCCAGUGUACAUAUUGUUUGGAGAGGGGUAUUUGUCACGGAUUUUCCAAACACAGCAUGAUGGUAUUACCACCCGGUUGCCAGCACCUAAGGGUCCAUGCUGCCACAUUACAAACUGUCUGUAAGCAGUGUGUCUCAUAGUUUUUCUGUCUUGACUUGGUAUAUCAACUCUUAUAUCACAUCGAGAAUUGAUGGCAACUUCAAGUACAUUUCCAUUCAAACAAAUGUCAUAGAAUGUUUGAUCCUUGGUUAUGCAAUUGCGCCUUUUGCAGCACUUUCUCUCCUUUUGGGUGGGCAUUUCACGACACUGCAAACAUUUGCACCAUGAGGGGACAACACUGAAUGAAGGCUGAUUGGUUUCCUCCACUGCAUUUGCCAUUUUCUGACUAAUAAGAUCAAUAAGCAAAGAUUUUCUGUCUUCAAAAACCUUUGCUGCCAUCUCUAAGAGAUCUUCAUGAUUAAGGUUUGAUAAUGUUGCCUUUGGGAAAAAAUAAAAUAUACUUUUGAUUAGACAGAAGGUAUACACAUAAAUGUUUACACUACACAGUUUGUGCUGGUGAGCCAUAUGCACAAAGUGCAGCAAAGUGCAGCAAUAUGCAAAUAGUUCUUUUCUUAAUAGUUCCUUUUUUGUAAAUAGUUCUUUUUUGCUGAAAUGUAUCUCGUGUAAAUAAAUAUUGAAAAAAUGAAAUGCUUGCUUUUUUAUCUGUAAAUAUGUAAUACACGAGCUUUUUGAAUGUGACAUUUCUAUAUUAGGCAUCGUGUUAAAUAUACAGCAUUUAACUUGGGCUAAAGGCAAAAUAAGAGCCAAAUGAUUUGUAAGUUUCAGUUGUUUAUUAUACACUUAUGUGGUACAAGAAAUUUAUCAACAAACCUUGACAUCGAUGAUCGAGCUGUGUGGAGCACCUGCACAUACUGUCCCUCGCGUAUCACUCGCGCAACUUUCUGCAAGGCCUAUCACUGACGAUGGUUCGUCGGUAGGAAGGCGGUUUUGGCAUGGCUUCUUUUUGCUUCCGCAUGUGCACAGACCAACUUGACAAUGUUUUCUAGCAUUUCUGCAUGGGCACCCCUUUCUUUGACAAGUACUUCGACAGUCACAAGUGAUUGUAAUUGGAGGUGCUUCAGGUUGCCCCUCGACACUAACUGCACUACUAGGCCUAUACCUGUCUCCAGUUGCAGUGCCUCCUAGGUCAACUGCGCCGGAGAUCAUCGAUUCGUUUCUAGAUAUUUGAAA